AUGGUCAGAGCGGUGCUAGUCUGUCAGCUGGUGGUGGGCGCGCUGUCGUCGUGGGCGAGGGCACAGUAUCCCUUCCCGAUGGCGGCGCUCGGGCCGGCGGGCGGCGGGCCGGCGGCUCCUGGCGGACUGCCGCUGGCCCCGCACGCCGCACACCUGCCCAUGCCCAUGCCCGUGCCCAUGCACAUGCCGAUUCGCCAGCCCCAGAUGCCCGUCGUCGUGAUGCCCUACCGCUCGAAAGCUAGCGAUCGUGCAUUUAAGAAAAAAAAGCGGCGCAGACCGCACUACUCGAGCGAGGAGUCCAGUUCGGAAAGUGCGAGCUAUGAAGACUCCUCCUCCAGCGCUGAGUUCGAGUUUAGACGAGCGCGAGGGCGGCGACAGAGACACAAGAAGAAGCGCGAAGUGCUGACCCCCGUCAUCUCGUACGUGACCAGGAGCGGCCGCGUCGUGUACCAGAAGAAAGUCAAGAAGGAGAACCCGGCCGAUUGGCUGGAGGUGGGCGCUGCGGGAGCGGGGGGAGCAGGUGGCGAGGGCGAGGGCGAGGGCGUCGCGCGCGCAUCGCCGCGGGACGAGCUCACGAUGGCGGGCAGGCGGCAGUGGCGGGGGCGAUGGCGCUGGCGGUGGCAGCUGGUUAUAGUGUCGGCGGCGGCGUGGUACGCGGGAGGGGCGUGGCGCGAGGACGUGGGCGGGGGUGUGGGCGGGCGCGGCACCCCACCCCCGCGCUUGUGGCCCAGGGAGCCGGGGUACUACUUGGACGACUGGCACAUUUGGCCGCUGUACUUCAACGGGUAA